AAGGAGCUCCACUCUUACCAACACAGCAUUCCUUUUCUCCUCACUCUUGCUCCCCUCAGGUUCAGUUUUGUUCCAAUUGGUUACCUUACCCUCACAUGGAAAUGGGAACCCUUGCCUCUGUUUUGUAUCAUACCACACCAAAAACUGAGCCAUACGACGAUAAAAAUGUUGCACCUAUGGUGUCUUGUUACAAUCAGUGCAUACGUCCGAUCCUUGAUGCUCUUGAGAACCUGAGGCGGCUAAACAUCACCCAAGAAGGGAUACAGCUUCCAACCAUAGUGGUAGUUGGUGACCAAUCUUCUGGAAAGUCCAGUGUCUUAGAAUCUCUGGCUGGAAUCAGCUUGCCCCGUGGACAAGGUAUCUGCACAGAGGCUUAUUGACAACACUGCACUGCAUUUGCAAUUCAGCAUUUUCAACCUUUUGAACAAGGAUCUAGGCUAUGAGGUUUUGAAGGAUAUGGUGUCUCCUAACGGAGGUGGAAUAGAGAGAUUGUUUGAGGAAUCUCCUUCAGUUGCUGUGAAGCGUGACAAUCUCAAUAGGAGCAUUAAGAUUCUCAAAGAUAGUAAGGAAGUGGUGGCUAGCAUAAUUGACAAAAUUUCUACCUAUGGUAAUCCGAAUUAGGAAUGUGGUUUUUGAUGUUUGUGAACAUGUUAUUGUUGCAUCUAAGGUUUUAGAGCAAGUGUCCCUUAAGUGGUAGAUGUAUGGGUUGUGUGUUGGUGUACUCCCUAGUUUUAGCUUUGUGUGUGGUGUAGUUUAGGAUUACAAUGAAUGUGUGAUUGGGAUCCCAAUGAAUGUGUUGACGUUUUAUCCUUGUUCUUCCUAAAGUUCUUUCAUGCAAAAUGACUGACUUGAACUACUAAAAGUUGCAUUUUUUUUGUUUGUUUUCCAAGAGUAUUCACAGUCAAAUGUUGGAGGAAUGAAUCAUAUGUUGUCUUGGUACAUUUAGAAUCAUUUCUUGCUUCUUUUUUAACCCCAGAACCAACCU